UUUAUUUAUUUAUUUUAACAAAAAACAUAUUUUUUAUUUUUUAUAUUCAUAUUAUUUUAGUUUUGUUCAUAAAUCUAAAUGUUCCCAUGGCUAAAACCCAAUAUUGCAAUUGUAAAGCAACAGGCCAGAUUUCCCUAUCAGUUUGUAUUAAGGGAGGCCAGGCCUCCCCUAGGAAAUUAGCUUCUCAUAGAAGUCAAUGUAAUGCAUGCUUUUUCAUGCCAAUAUGUGAUUGGCCAGAUCACUGAAAAUGGGUGGGCAACGGAGGCCUGGCCUCACCAUGCAUUGUGUCCAGGGCUGAAAGAUUGACAUUUUGUUCGUCCAAUCACAUGCUACUGGUUCAUUUGGAAUCAAUCCUUUCCUUUCCUAAUCAACACAGAAGCCAUUUUGAGAAUUCGCCAGCCACUUCAGUCAAACAAACACUCGCCAUAGUGGCUACGAGUGUCCUAUCAACUUGUGCUUUUCAGGAAAUUUAGAGAACACCCCUGGCUAUCAUCCGUGAAGUUUAUAGCUCAUAUAGCCAAAUACUUUUGCUUAAAACGACCUCGGAAAUCGGCGAGAUUCUGGCGCAAUUUGAGAUCUUGGGCUGGAGAUAGAUAUGCGUUAACGUUAAACCCUUCACUCUAGGCAUUUCUCCUUGAGUUGACAACAUCUCUGAGACAGAUUUCGAAAGCAAAAGCUGCUGCUGCUAAUCGCUCAUUGACAUUUAUCUCUGUAGUUUGGACAUUUUUACAGUUGAAGUUUAGCUCAUUGUUUUCCAUCCAGUUAGCUGUGUGUGUUCGAGCAAGCCUAGAUUAGCCAGGCAAAAUGGAUGUGAGAGAGGAAAAUGUACAUGGAACAGGUGCUUGUGGUGGUGGCUUGGGUCCGAAUCCAGUGGAAGAGGAGGAUGGAGUUCAACCGAUCUGCCAAGAACAGGUAACAGCUGUUUGAGGUGAUUAUUAAUUUACCGAUGUGAUCAAUCAUCAGCGGGAAGGUUGUGCUCAAGUUUUUAUUGUACACGCGGCCAACGAUGGCAACAACAAGUCCUGCUGUGAGAGAGUACGUAUUCACAAGGCCAACUUCCACAGCUGCUGCAGACAACAUGACUUUAACACCAUAUGAUUACAAUUACGACUACACCUUGCUUCCUGAUUGGGAGUCUUCGGACUAUGGGAAGUGUGAUUACGAGCGUCACAGAGCGUAUUUUCUUCCUGCCAUCUACUCCACGUUCUUCCUCCUCGGCCUUCUGGGGAACUUCCUUGUCAUCUGGGUCACCGUUUGUGGAUUGCGACUUCGCAACAUGACAGACGUGUGCCUCGUAAACUUGGCCAUGGCUGACCUCCUGUUGGUCGGCUCCCUGCCCUUUUUGGCCCACCAAGCCCGGGACCACUGGAUAUUUGGGGACGCUAUGUGCAAAAUAGUCCUUGGUAUUUACCAAAUUGUUUUUUACACCGGUAUUUUCUUCAUCACGCUAAUGAGCAUCGACAGGUACUUGGCCAUAGUGCACGCUGUUUACGCCAUGAGGACGCGUACACGCUCUUUUGGCGUUAUAGCAGCAGGUGUCACAUGGCUAGCUGGAUUUUUGUCAUCGUUUCCUGAGGUCCUCUUCAUAAAAAACCACAACCAGACCAUACAGCGGUCUGUCCUCUCGAACGCCUCUUUCUGCUUCCCUGUGUAUCCGGCCUUGGAUGGCACUAACACUCACUUCUGGAGUGUUCUUGGUCUUUUUAAAAUGAAUAUUUUGGGUGUAUUCGUCCCCAUGGUCAUCAUGGCUUUCUGCUACACACAAAUCAUCAGGCGGCUGCUUUCCACUCAGUCCUCCAAGAGACAGGCCAUCCAUUUAAUCCUUGUGGUUGUGGCUGUCUUCGUCUUCUGCUGGGUGCCUUACAACGUGGCAUCCUUCUUCAAAGCACUGGAGCUACUGAACGUUUACUCUGAGUGCGAAAGCAGCAAAGUCAUCCGACGGGCUUUGGAAAUCACAGAAGUGAUGGCUUACUUUCACAGCUGCCUCAACCCUGUGCUCUAUGUGUUUGUGGGGGAGAAGUUCAGGAGGACCUUGCUCAGGUUGAUCCACAGAGCUCCGUGCGCUCUGUGUCAACUGGUCAAGAUGGUCAUACCUCAGGAACACAUCAGCAGGUCCAUCAUCUCCCAGACCACCAGCCUGGAUGAGAGGAGCACUGCUGUGUAAAAUAGGAGACAGUCACACUUGUCUUACUAGUUACCCAGCAGGCACAAGACAUUGAUACAACGUUGAUUAUACAUACAUGUCCUUUAAAACUGACUUUGAAACAACGUUGCAAAAUAGUUGGAUUUGUAAAUUGAGACAAUGUUGGUGUCUAACGUUGGUGGUGGUGUUAUGGUAUUUUUUUUUGUUUUUGUUUUUGUUUUUUGUCAUAAAUAAAUACAAUCAUGUGUGUUUACAGACUGU